UUGCGAGUUUCGCUUUCCCUGAGCGCCUAGGCAGGGCAUAUGGCCCGGCAUAUGGCGCAGCCCCGUUCGUUGCGCACCCGCGAGCUAACCAGCAUCUUGGACGGUGCCCCUCUCAGUGGCUGAGUGGCCUGUCGGUCGCAGGACGUCUCCCGGACUCUGGGGCCCCAGAGUGGCCCGCUGCAAGUCUCAGCAGCUGGGGUUUGCCCUCAGCCCUUGAGUGGCCAUGUCCAAUCCCACUGCCCCGCCUCCCUAUGAGGACCGUAACCCUCUGUACCCUGGCCCUCCACCUCCUGGGGGCUACGGGCAGCCGUCUGUCCUGCCAGGUGGAUACCCUGCCUACCCCGCCUACCCCCAGCCUGGCUACGGUCACCCUGCUGGCUACCCACAGCCGAUGCCUCCCAUCCAUCCAAUGCCCAUGAACUAUGGCCAUGACUAUGGUGGGGAGGAGAGAGCAGUAAGUGACAACUUUGGACCUGGAGAAUGGGAUGACCGGAAAGUCCGACAUAAAUUCAUCCGAAAGGUCUAUUCCAUCAUUUCCGUCCAGCUGCUCAUCACCGUGGCCAUCAUUGCUAUCUUCACCUUUGUGGAGCCGGUCAGCCUGUUCGUGAGGAGGAACGUGGCUGUGUACUACAUGUCCUAUGUUGUCUUCAUCGUCACCUACCUGACCCUUGCCUGCUGCCAGGGACCCAGGCGCCGGUUCCCAUGGAACAUCAUUUUGCUGAUCCUCUUUACUUUGGCUUUGGGCUUUAUGACAGGCGCCAUUUCCAGCAUGUACCAAACCAGAGCCGUCAUCAUAGCUAUGAUCAUCACUGCUGUGGUGUCCAUUUCUGUCACCAUCUUCUGCUUUCAGACUAAGGUGGACUUCACCUCCUGUACAGGCCUCUUCUGCGUCCUGGGAAUUGUGUUGAUGGUGACCGGGAUUGUCACUAGCAUUGUGCUAUUGUUCAAAUAUAUUUACUGGCUCCACAUGGUCUAUGCCGCUCUGGGGGCCAUCUGUUUCACUAUGUUCCUGGCUUACGACACACAGCUGGUCCUGGGGAACAGGAAGCACACCAUCAGCCCGGAGGACUACAUCACAGGCGCCCUGCAGAUCUACACAGAUAUAGUCUACAUCUUCACCUUUGUGCUCCAGCUGAUGGGGAAUCGAGACUGAGGGGGGGGGGAGGGAGGGGAAAGAGAGAGAGAGAGAGAGAGAGGAGAGAGAGAAGGACUUCCCCUUUCCUGGCCUGGGUCUCACUCUUAACUAUUGGGCUGGCCCCUAGGUCUCUUCUCCCCUCAGAUAAUCUGUUGAGUUUCCUCUCCGUCUGACGGGAGGGCCUCUGGCUGUAUUAUGUGAGAAUUAAGAGUGCUGGAAUUACUGGCAGCUCUUGCCCUCAGUGAGUUUGGCAAGGACUAGACUGAAGUUGUAUCUCCUCCCCUUUACCCAUGAUGAGGAUGCACCAAACUCUUAGUGUGUGGGUGUGGGGAGUGGGGAGCUUGUGAACACAGGAGCUGCAAGGUGAAGAGGCUCCCCUCCCACCUCGGCCACAGGGUUCUCGGCUAGGUAGCUGGAGCUGCUCCCCUCCUGGAUUCACUAAAGCCAGAGGCUUUGCCCCCAGCUCUAGUACUCAUAGACACUUGCCCUGUCUGCACUCUUUAGGCUUGACAUCUCUUAGCUCUGAAGCUGGAAGAGAUCUGUGCCCUGGGCUCUUUCUGUUCCAACCCCAUAUUCCAGUAACAUGUAUAGACUAUUUAUCUGGGCUAGGGGGAAAGACACUGAGCAAAGGUCAUUCAGUGUGGGUGGGGGGCUAAUGGAAUGGCAUCUACCCUGGCUGGCACCCUGAGGUGCCUGGCCUUCUGAGGCGUUAAAAAUCUGAUAUGGAGGGACCUCCUCCUGUCUCGGCUUUGACACUCAUAGAAAGUUGAGAGGGGGAGGACAGCAAGUGAAGUAGUUUGUAGGAUCUUGAGUGUGGCAGGGAAGCAGUCUGGGUGAAGAGAUGGUCCCCUUGCUAGUCUGAGAAACACUGAAGCCCACCCUGGCACCCAGAGACCUUCCCUUCUAACACAAGUUCACUCUGUUCCAAACUCAGUAGGCUGGGAGGUUUAUGGCCUAGAACCCCCUCUCCAAGCCAGCUACUGCUUUCCAUGUAGUCCAAGUGCCUUCAGCUGGUACAGGGGUGGGGGUAAAAGCCACCUCAUCAUGUGGGGUGAAAACCCCCAAGGAUGUAGAGCUGUUCUGUCCAGUCCUUGAUUCUGACUGUAUCACAAAGGGACACAACUAGAAAUGUAAUAAAGUUUUAUGUUUGGCAUUAA